CGGCGCCGCUGCCGCUGCCCAGCAGCCCCACAUCAGCUCCCCGGGGUCCCUCGUCACUGCUGUUGCCAAAAAACUCGCCGCGUCUAGAUCGCAGCCGCAUCGGUGUAGGCUAAGAUGGCGUCUGCCACGGAUUCGCGCUAUGGGCAGAAGGAGUCCUCGGAUCAGAACUUCGACUACAUGUUCAAGAUUCUCAUCAUUGGUAACAGCAGCGUGGGCAAGACGUCCUUCCUCUUCCGCUACGCCGACGACUCCUUCACGCCCGCCUUCGUCAGCACCGUGGGCAUCGACUUCAAGGUCAAGACCAUCUACCGCAACGACAAGAGGAUCAAGCUGCAGAUCUGGGAUACAGCUGGACAAGAGCGGUACCGAACCAUCACCACAGCCUACUACCGGGGUGCCAUGGGCUUUAUCCUCAUGUAUGACAUCACCAAUGAGGAAUCCUUCAACGCCGUGCAGGACUGGUCGACCCAGAUUAAGACCUACUCGUGGGACAAUGCCCAGGUGCUCCUGGUCGGGAACAAGUGUGACAUGGAGGAUGAGCGGGUGGUGUCAUCGGAACGUGGCCGGCAGCUGGCUGACCAUCUUGGGUUCGAGUUCUUUGAGGCAAGCGCCAAGGACAACAUUAACGUCAAACAGACCUUCGAACGCCUGGUGGAUGUCAUCUGUGAGAAGAUGUCCGAGUCGCUGGACACGGCAGACCCCGCUGUCACCGGCGCCAAGCAGGGUCCGCAGCUCACUGACCAGCAGGCUCCGCCCCACCAG